UCGGAGAAGGAAGUGAAGAGAAAAAACAGAAAGGCAGGAAGAGAAAGAGAGUGAUAGAAUUAGGGUGUUAGUAGAAGGAUUAAGAGAAACUUUGUCACCAAAAAGAGACAGUUUCUCAUAGCCGGGAGUCCAAGCGACAUGACAGAUUGAAGAGAGGGACAAAAUGGCUAAUGUGUGUCUAUUCCUGAUAAUGUUCCUGUGCGGGUUGCUGAUGCUGACAGAAGGAGAUAGCCUUUAUGACCCCUCUCCCUGCCCACCAGGUUAUUUUUACUGUAGCUCAGCUUGCUUGCCUCUGUCUGCUCGCUGUGAUGGAUUGUAUGAUUGUGACGAUCAGUCUGAUGAGCAUGGCUGCUCUUCCCAGUGCAGUUUCACCCUACAAAACUUCUAUGGAGUGUUUUCAACUCCUGGCUAUCCAGGACCUGUACCUUACCCUGUUCCCAGCUCCUGUCGGUGGAUCAUUGACUCUGGAGAUGGCCGUGGUCUUUACCUCAAAUUCUCAGCCUUGCAACUCUUGAAUUCUGAUGCCCUUGUCGUGUAUGAGGGAGGCCCUGGAGUUUCCCUACACAUCCUCCGUGCCUUGGAUCACCAGAGCAAUGGAAAGGCAGUCACAGUAGAGUCUGUAGGAGGGAGGGUCAUGGUUGUUUAUCACUACAGUUCCGAUGCACUCAGAUUCCCUGGCUUGGACUCUUCUGUUACUCAUAGUUCCAGCUCCAAAUUUCCUAGAUCAGACUUUCCUGUCUCUGCUAGAAAAGUCGACCAUGGACAUGGCCCUCAAACCCCAGACCUUUUUGACUCCUUUUUAUCUCGUUCUCGCUUUUCUCCAUCUAAUAACCCUAGCUUAUGGGAUUCAGGCUUAUCAUUUCGGACCAGGGGUUUCAAUGCCACUUACCGUGUACGUGGUUACUGUUUGCCAUGGGACCAUCCAUGUGGCUCCAGCCCAGGACUUUUGUGGGAUGCUGGAACUGAGGAGGGUGGUGGCUGCUUCACUGAUGCUCAGCAGUGCGAUGGAUCAUGGGACUGUGCCAAUGGAAGAGAUGAAAUAAACUGUACAAUCUGCCCAGAAGGACACUUUCCUUGUGCCUCUGGUCGAGCAUGUUACCCUAUUGGAGAACGAUGCAAUUACCAAACCUCCUGCCAGGAUGGUACAGAUGAGAAGGGCUGCCUAGGCUGUCAACCUGGAGGCUUCCACUGUGACCUGGAGCGGUGUGUGUACGAAGCAUGGGUUUGUGAUGGACAAGCAGACUGUAGAGAUGGAAGUGAUGAGAGGGACUGUGGAUACAUACUACCCCGAAAGGUCAUAGCUGCCGCAAUUAUUGGGAGCCUUAUAUGCGCUACUCUUCUGGUGGUGGCUCUAGGUUGUACAUGCAGGCUGUAUACCACAAGAGCACGGGAGUACAGCGUAUUUGCUCCGCUCUCACGGGUAGAUGCAGAGCUGAUCCAGCAGCAGGCUCCACCAUCCUAUGGCCAACUGAUUGCACAGGGAGCUAUCCCUCCUGUGGAAAACUUCCCCACUGAAAGCCCAAGUGACGGUUCCUUCAUUGGGAAUAUCAGAAGCCUCUUACAGCUCCUUAAUCAGACACCAACUCCGCCUACAGGUGGGAUAAAUGAUAUACCUACCAGACGACGCCACCCUCGUCCAGUAAGAAGACUUCUUCGACGUCUACGGCGUUGGGGCCUCAUCCCCCCUCGUACACAGGGGUCCCAGACUGAACCCACUUUGAACCAGACAUCAUCUUCAACUGAAGGUGCAUCUGAUGGAAGUGACCCACAUUCUGCUCCUCUACUCCCUGUCAAAUCCUCUAUGAGUUUGCAAGAUCCACUCACUAGCCAAACAACUCAAACAGAGGCUACCUGGCAGCACACAGCCUCAUCAGACGUCGGAAGAGGGCUGAUGGGAAUGAUGCAGGCAGUCAGAGGAAGAAUCUUAUACCCUCUAGGAGGAGAGGACACAAUGGGUAGAGAUGAAGAAUCUGGAAAUGUAUUGGAUCGACAAGAGGAUGAAGAUGACUUGUUGCUUUUGCCUCUUGCAGAGGGAUUUGAUGGGGCAGCUGGAGAUGUGGGGCUUAUUGCAUGCUAAUAGGGCAAAUCUCAAGACUUUUUUUAUAAAUUUGCACAAAGACUACACCACUCUUCCCUCUUUUGUUCUUCCAACUAACACUGAAAACCUGAUGGAGCCAGGGGAGCAUGGAGGGAAGGACAGUCCCAGCAAUGCACAGAUUCACAUUAGAAAGGAAACAUUGUUCAAACGGAGGUUAUGGAUUAGUGUUAAUUUCUCUUUAGCUGUUCUUUACAGAAAGUGUUUACACACUUUAAAUACUGAAGGUGAUUUUCCCAGCUAAUCUUGCAUCUUUUGAAUUAUAUAAACAGCUACUGCCCAAAUGGGUGUUUUCAUAUAUGUUGUUGCAGGGAUAUUGUAGAGCAAAAACUGUAUGUUAUAAAUCAUUAGAACAUGCCAUUUUUGCACUAAAAUGCCCCUUUUUAAUGUUUUUUUAUGCAAUUUGAAUGGAUUGCAAUUCUGUAUCAGCUGUAGUUUGACACAUUAUUCUGUUGACUGCACAGUGAAAAUGAAGGAUAUCAGAUGUACUGUUUCACAAGCAGACUGGUGCAUGAAAAAUGUAAUUUUUAUUAUUCAGAAUGUUCCAGUUUAUCAAACUUCUUUCUCUUAGUAUCCUUUGUUAAAACAUAUCUUCUUUUCAUGACACCAUACCUAAGUAGGCUUAGGCAUGUGCACAUGUUUUAAAGGGCCGUGAUACCCAAAUGUUGAAACACUUGAAAGUGAUGCAUCAUAGCUGUAAAAAGCUGACUAGAAAAUAUCACCUGAACAUCUCUAUGUAAAAAAGAAAGAUAUUUUACCUCAAAAGUUCCUCAGUAGCCACCUCCCAUUGUAAAGGAUUUCUAAGCAGUAUGUCUGUCCCGGGACAGCUAAGAGAUUGAGCCUUGUGCGCUCUCAUGUUAUUUCCCUAUUCAGUUUACUAUGAAAUCUCAUGAGAGUUAAGUGAAAUCUCAUGAGAUCACAGUAAAAGAGUUCAUGACCUCAGCACUGCUGAUGCUGAUUGGCUGCUGUUCAUUUCUUCAUUUUUUUAAAAAAAAAUUUUUUACCUGCAGCUGGGAGCAGCGGAGUAUAACUUUUUUACACAGAACUUACUCUGCUGAGCUGAGGAAAUUGUAAGGUAAAAUAUCUUCCUUUUUUACAUAGAGAUGCUCGGGUGAUAUUUUCCUGUCAGCUUUUUACAGUUAUACUGCAUCAUUUUCAAGUGAUUUAGCAUAUGAGUAUUAUGUCCCUUUAAGGAUAGCAAGAGACAAACGUAAUUUUGAUAACAAAAGUAAAGUAAAUCUUAAGCAUAUUUUUUUUUGGGUGUUGGAAUAUUCUCUUUAAGGGUGGCUUGUCCUUUGUUGAAUGAUCAUAUUUAGACAAUCCUUCUGUUGAUUUUAAUAAAUCUUAGAGUGGGCUCACCUUCAUUUUCCCUCUACACCACCCAAGUAAGGUGUUAAAUUGCACAGUAAAACUAGGUAUUUCCUAUCCUUGGUUACAGGGAUUUCGGAGAUAAAAAAUAAAAUAUAUAUGUAUCUAUUUUUCUAUGAAAAAAGAAUCCCUAUUAGAUAACUUUCCUCACUGCACUAGAGGGGCUGUUGCCAGAUGAAUGACGUUUUUAUUGUGAUGAAUGUAAAUGCAAUAAAAGCCCUUCUCUGCUAUGGGACUCAAGGUGCACUGCUUUUGAUAUGUUGCCUUUGGUGUAUCCUAUGUACUUCUUGUAGUGGAAGGGUUAAUGGUGGGCACAGAUUUUAUUGCGAGAUCUCAUUGUAAAUGUAUUUAUUUUCUGUGAUCAUGUACAAAAAAAUAAAUUUAUAAUGUGAUAAAAAUGUAA